CUGCCCCUCUGUCGCAAUAUGCCUCCUCGGCCCUCUGGCUUUUCGCCAUGUCGAGGAUUUGCGGGAGCUUUCCCUUCACUCUGCUCCUAGGUCUAGCCGCAGUGUUGCUGAAAGGGCGGCUUGUCCCCGCAGCCUCGAGAUCCGAGCCCAGCCGCUCCGACCUGAGCCUGAUCCAGCAGCAACAACAGCGGCAACAACAGCAGCAGCAGCAGCAACAGCAGCGGGAGGAAGAGGAGGAGGACAGGCCAGAGGUGCCGGGAGCAUCCUCUACCCUCCCCAGUUCAGUAUCUCUGUUUUUACUGAAAGUCCACGUGAAUGAUAUCAUCAGUCGUCAGUACCUACGCCAAGCAGUUGUAGAAGUCUAUGUGAACUACACAAAGACAAAUUCUACCGUAACUGGAAACAAUGGAGCAGUGUUAAUAAAAGUUCCCUAUAAAUUAGGUGUCAGCUUGACUAUCACGGCUUACAAAAAUGGCUACCUGCUAACACCAUUACCUUGGAAGACCAGAAGAAUGCCAAUAUAUUCAUCAGUGACACUUUCACUGUUCCCUCAAAGUCAAGCUAAUAUAUGGCUAUUUGAAGAUACUGUUUUAGUUACUGGAAAAUCAUCUGAUGCCAAAUCUCAACCAAGUGUACAGUUUCCAAAGGGUUUAAUUAAACUUCCCAGCAGCCAUCAUAUUAGUAAUGUCACGGGUUAUCUUACAGUGCUACAACAGUUUCUGAAAGUAGACAAUUUUCUUUACACAACUGGAAUUCUUCUUAAUAAAUCAGGUUUUAAAAGCAUUGAAUUGACUCCUCUUGCUGCAAUAUGUGUGACUAUAUAUUCUGGUGGAAAAGAACUAAAUGUGGAUGGUUCUAUUCAAAUUACUCUCCCCCUUGUAGACCCAAAUACUGCAAAGGCAGGGGAUGCUCUACCUGCUUGGACAUUUGAUAUGAAAACUGGUGCUUGGGCAAAUCGUGGCUUGGGGAUGGUCAAGAAAUUUAAUGAUCAUUUAGUAUGGACAUAUAUGGCUCCACAUUUAGGCUACUGGAUUGCAGCACCACUUCCUGGAACCAGAGGUUCACUUGUAAGUGAAGUCUCCAAGGAUAUCACUGCCUACCACACGGUAUUUCUGACAGCCAUAUUGGGAGGUACAGUUGUCAUUCUCAUUGGCUUUUUUGCUGUUCUUCUUUGUUAUUGCAGGGAUAAAUGUGGUGGAUCACAAAAAAGGGAAAGAAAUGCCACUAGACUCGAGGUCCUUAAAAAGGACCAGACCACAUCAACAAGUCACAUAAACCAUAUAAGUUCAGUGAAGGGUCCAUUAAAAACUGAGGACAGAUUACAGUUGUACCACUCUAAGAAUUCCCCAUACAGUCCUCGCAAAAAGGAUUCUACAAAGUCAGAACCUGAAGACAGAGUCCCUAAAGUGAAAACUCAGGACAGUUUUAAAAUCUACAAUGAAGAAGUUUCAUUUCUGUCAGCCAAUCAGAAAAGUCAUUCAAGAAACUCAAGCCAGUCAUUAGAGCACAAUGCUGCAUCCAGACAGAUAGUGCAACUAAAACACAGUAAUAGCAAUGUCUCUCCAUCUACAGGUGAUACUCAAGAACAAAACAGGUAUCUUUCAGUAAAUGAAGAAGUGUAUGGGCUUUCUCAUAUACCCGAACAACUGAUGCAUAUCUAUAGCCAGCCAAUUGCCAUCCUUCAAACAUCUGACCUUUUUCACUCUCCAGAACAGUUGCAUUCUGCUAAGUCAGCUACUUUGCCCAGAAAGGGACAGGUAGUCUAUGGCCAACUGAUGGAGCCAGUAAACCGAGAAAACUAUACCCAGACAUUACCCAAAAUGCCAGUGCAUUCUCAUUUGCAGCCACCUGCCACAAGAGAGGAGAAAAUUACACCUGAAGUUCAACAAAGCUUACCAUCCCAAACUUCAGACUGGAGUCGGUAUUCCAAUAGCUUAUUAGAGUCAGUCUCUGUUCCAGGGACACUGAAUGAAGCUGUUGUGAUGACUCCAUUUUCAUCUGAACUUCAAGGCAUUUCAGAGCAGACACUAUUAGAGCUGUCCAAAGGAAAGCCCUCACCACACCCCAGGGCCUGGUUUGUUUCUCUGGAUGGAAAACCAAUUGCUCAAGUGAGGCAUUCCUUUAUAGAUCUGAAAAAGGGGAGAAGAACCCAAAGCAAUGACACCAGUCUAGACUCUGGAGUGGACAUGAAUGAACUUCACUCCAAUCGAAAACUUGAGAGGGAGAAAACAUUCAUUAAAAGCAUGCAUCAGCCUAAGAUCCUUUAUUUAGAAGAUUUAGAUCUCAGCAGCAGUGAAAGUGGAACCACGGUUUGUUCCCCUGAGGAUCCAGCUUUAAGGCACAUUCUAGAUGGAGGGAGUGGGACUAUCAUGGAACAGCCUGUGGAAGAAUCGCCAAGAAGAAAAAGCACAGCUGAAGAUUUGGAAGCCAGUAUGUCCCCUACUAAAAAAAGGGGCAGAACCCCAUUGGCUAAGAAAGAUAGUAAAACUAAUAUCUGGAAGAAGAGAGAGGAAAGGCCACUCAUUCCCAUAAAUUAACCCAUUAAGAUGCUUACUUUCCCUGGCAGCUCCUGAACUGUCUUAAGUCUUGUAAAAUGGAAUGUGAAUUCCAUAAAGAGCAGCUGAGCUAUUUCUUAGAAACAGGUGUAUAGUUCAAGGUAAGAACGACAGCUUUGACUUCAAAGGAAUAACAGAUGUAAAGUGUACAAUAUUAAUCUGCUACUCAAAGAAAACCACUGAGGAAAGCUUUGUUGCCAAUCUGUUUUACUUUCUAAUUAUUUUCUUCUUUUGUAAGUGGUGAGUUUGAGGAAAUUCAAAUUACAAAAUAGCCUCAAUGUAUUUGUAUUGCAGGCAUUUUGCCGAGGCUGACAAAUGUGUGCUCCUAAAGUGAUUCCCAAAAUACUGCCCUUGCCUGGAAUGACAUUUUAAAAUAUUCUCUUCUGCAAUCUUGUGAAAUGCCCACAGUCUUAUCACCUUGUUCUCUGCUUAUGCUUUAAAAUAACUUGAUAG